CUUUAUAUCAUAAUGAUGCAAUUUGUGUGCAGCAACUCCAAAGUCUUCUGAUUAACUCAGUUUUAACUAGUUUCUUUUCCUCGUAGCCUCAUUGCUUUGUUGUGUUUUUUUUCUAAUUAUCCAGGUGCAACACAAAAUUAUUCACAGGAUUAAAAAUAGUAUGCAAUUUAUAUGAGCUACUUUGGGCAACAUGCUUGCGAUAAUGAAUAGCCUUGUGCCUUUUUUGCACACCUCUCCUGAUUAAACAGCAGGGAACCCUGAUUAAAAUACUGUGAAAUAUGGAUUUGUAAAAGUCCAGACGCUCCGAGGAAAUACAGAUGGGCCUGCUCGUGCCGUAGCACGCGCAUGAAUCCGCACCCAUGAGAGAUAAGGCUUUAAUAUAAUAUCAGCCUGCAGACGGGCGUCGGGAUCCGCUCCGCGUCUUGCAGCCGAUCCGCGCCGGGUUUUGCGCGCCGCCCUCCACAGCCAGCUGCUGCAGAGCGAGGGACCGGUGCGCCGUUCCUCCUCGCCUUGUUUGCCUCCAGUCCGGCUGUAGCUCCCACUGUCUGCGCGGCGUGCGGAUGAGGCGCCGAGGGAACGACCGAGAGCGCACCGAAAGCCCGACCGAAGCCCAUUUCCCCCCUCCGUCGGUUCCGCGUCCGCCGCCGCGGACGUGCGCGCAGACUUGACAUUCCGGAGAGAGAGACGCACUUGGAGUUUUAUUUCGUGCCGAGACUGGGGCGCAUCCAGUCUCCUUGAAGCGAUCCCCCUUUGUGUGUGCGUGCGCGCGCGCGCGCGCGUGCGCGUGCAGUCUGCCCGUUGCGCUCGCCUCGCCGGGAGCCGUGGCGCACGCGCCGAGGGCGCACUAACGAGCCCGCACUUCUGAACGCAGCCCUCGCCAUGGAGCUGCUGGUCCGGUGUCGGACGGUUCGGCUCGAGGGGGAACCGCUACCUGCCACCGUCCGUCCACAGUGAGGAAAGUGGAGCAUGCCGCCGAGCCCCCGCCGUCUCCGCGCGACCCGCUGUGUAGUUUCGGGGGGCCGCCCGUGAAUCACAAAGCAGAGGGGGCUCCUGGUGCUGAUCCGAAAGUCACGCUCCGAGCCGGGAUCCAUAUUUUGGCAGCGGCGUCACGAUAUGAGAAGAUGACCGGCGAUGCCUCUCUAAGCACCACCGACUGUUGACUUCGCCCCGGCCCCCGCGACCCCCCGCUGCAACGCUCCGCACCGCUAUUAUUAGCCACGAGGCCCGUGGAUUGUUUGCACACAGCGCACGAUGGCCUCUGCACUGUGGAGGUGCCCGGUGCUCCGCUGGCUCCUGCUCCUCCUCGUGUGCUUCCACUGUUCACAAGGGUUCAGCCGCGCGGCCCUGCCUUUCGGCCUCGUCCGGCGAGAGCUCUCCUGCGAAGGAUACGCAAUCGAUCUCCGCUGCCCGGGGAGUGAUGUCAUCAUGAUCGAGACGGCCAACUACGGCCGGACCGACGACAAGAUCUGCGACGCGGACCCGUUCCAGAUGGAGAACGUCAACUGCUACCUCCCCGACGCCUACAAGAUUAUAUCACAAAGGUGCAACAACCGUACGCAGUGUGUGGUUGUCACUGGCUCUGAUGUCUUUCCUGAUCCAUGCCCUGGCACCUACAAGUACUUAGAGGUCCAGUAUGAGUGUGUUCCCUAUAAAGUGGAGCAAAAAGUUUUCAUUUGUCCCGGGACUCUGAAGGGUGUAGGAGCCGCCACCUUCCUGUUCGAGGCAGAGCAGCAAGCCGGCUCGUGGUGCAAAGACCCCCUGCAGGCUGGAGACAAGGUCUUCUUCAUGCCCUGGACCCCGUACCGCACCGACACCCUCAUCGAGUACCCGUCCCUGGAGGACUUCAAAAACGGCCGCCAGACGAUCACAUACAAACUGCCUCACCGCGUCGACGGGACGGGCUUCGUGGCCUACGACGGCGCCAUCUUCUUCAACAAGGAGCGCACGCGCAACAUCGUCAAGUUCGACCUGCGCACGCGCAUCAAGAGCGGCGAGGCCAUCGUCAACAACGCCAACUACCACGACACCUCGCCCUACCGCUGGGGCGGCAAGACGGACAUCGACCUGGCCGUGGACGAGAGGGGCCUGUGGGUGAUCUACGCCACGGAGCAGAACAACGGGCGCAUCGUGCUGAGUCAGCUCAACCCGUACACGCUGCGCUUCGAGGCCACCUGGGACACGGCGUACGACAAGCGCUCGGCCUCCAACGCCUUCAUGGUGUGCGGCGUGCUGCACGUGGUCCGCUCCACCUACGAGGAGAACGAGGGCGAGGCCAGCCGGAGCCAGAUCGAUUACAUCUACAACACCAAGCUGAGCCAGGGCGAGUACACCGACAUCCUCUUCCCCAACCAGUACCAGUACAUCACCGCUGUGGAUUACAACCCCAGGGACAACCAGCUGUACGUGUGGAAUAAUUUUUACAUCCUGCGCUACGACCUGGACUUUGGGCCGCCGGAUCCCGCAGAAGUUCCGACCACAGAGGACUUCUCCGCCUCUUCAUCCAUGGCCAGGACCACCACGGUGGCCACCACCACCGCCGUGUCCACUUUGAAGGGUCAGGGUGAAACCACCUUGGCGGGAGCGGAUCCCAGGGAUGGACGGGACCCGUUUGAGGACAGCCGGGGAUCGGGUACGGUCGAUCCUCCUGUGCCGGAGCUGCCGCCGACACCCAGGCGCUUCUGCGACACGACCAGGAGGCGAGCCAUCGACUGGCCCCAGACCCACAGUGGAACCAGUGUGGAGAGACCCUGCCCCAAAGGGACCAAAGGCGUCGCCUCGUACCUCUGCACCGUGGAGGGGACCUGGUGCUCCAAAGGACCGGACCUCAGCAACUGCACCUCCCACUGGGUGACUCAAGUGGCACAAAAGAUUCGAACUGGUGAAAACGCUGCCAAUCUGGCCAACGAGCUGGCGCGCCACACGCAGGGCCCCGUGUUCGCCGGCGACGUCAGCUCCUCGGUGCGCCUGAUGGAGCAGCUCGUCGACAUCCUGGACGCUCAGCUUCAGGAGCUGCGGCCCAGCGAGAAGGACUCGGCCGGACGCAGCUUCAACAAGCUUCAAAAAAGAGAGAAGACAUGCAGGGCCUACAUGAAGGCAAUUGUGGACACUGUUGACAACCUCCUGAGGCCGGAAGCACUGAAAUCCUGGAAAGACAUGAAUUCCACAGAACAGACGCACGCCGCCACAAUGCUGCUGGAUACCCUGGAGGAAGGGGCGUUCGUCCUUGCAGAAAACCUGAUUGAGCCGGCGAUCGUAAAAGUGCCUGCGGAGAACAUCAUGUUGGAGGUGUACGUGCUGAGCACAGACGGCCAAGUGCAGGACUUCAGGUUUCCUCAGACGAGCAAGGGUGGAGCGUCCCUGCAGCUUUCGUCCAACACGGUCAAAGUGAACAGCAAAAACGGUGUGGCCAAGCUGGUCUUCGUGCUCUACAAACACCUGGGUCAGUUCCUCAGCACGGAGAACGCCACGCUGAGGGGAAUGGGGGAUCUAAACAAACACAACCUCUCCCUCACCGUCAACUCCCACAUCCUCUCGGCCUCCAUAACCAAGGAGUCCAGCCGCGUGUUUGUGGCUGAUCCCGUGAUCUUCACGCUGGAGCACCUGGACAAGGAGCACUACUACAACCCCAACUGUUCCUUCUGGAAUUACUCGGAGCGAAGCAUGAUGGGAUACUGGUCCACUCAGGGCUGCAAACUGCUGGAGACCAACAAGAGCCACACCACUUGCUCCUGCAGUCACUUGACCAACUUCGCCAUCCUCAUGGCUCACCGGGGGAACGCGGGCGACGGCGGCGUCCACGAUCUCCUGACGGUCAUCACCACCAUGGGCAUCGCCGUGUCCCUCGUCUGCCUCGCCGUCAGCCUCUUCACCUUCUGCUUCUUCCGCGGCCUGCAGAGCGACCGCAACACCAUCCACAAGAACCUCUGCCUGAACCUCUUCGUCGGCGAGCUCGUCUUCCUCGUGGGCAUCAACAUGACGGAGACCAAGCUGGUGUGCGCCAUAAUCGCCGGCGUCCUCCACUUCUGCUUCCUGGCUGCGUUCGUCUGGAUGUGUCUGGAGGGCGUGCAGCUGUACCUCAUGCUGGUGGAAGUGUUCGAGAGCGAGUUCUCGCGCAGGAAGUACUACUACAUCUCCGGGUACCUCAUUCCGGCGGUGGUGGUGGGCAUCUCGGCGGCCAUCGACUACCGAAGCUACGGCACGCAGCGGGCAUGCUGGCUGAGGGUUGAUAACCAUUUCAUCUGGAGCUUCAUCGGACCUGUUAUCUUAAUUAUUGUGGUCAAUGUCAUCUUCCUGGUGGUGACGAUGUACAAGAUGAUGAAACAUUCCACCUCCAUGAAACCCGACUCGUCCAGGCUGGGGGGGAUCAGGUCGUGGGUGCUGGGGGCGUUCGCCCUGCUCUGUCUGCUGGGCCUCACCUGGUCUUUCGGCUUGUUCUUCGUCAACGAGUCGUCCAUCGUCAUGGCGUACCUGUUCACCAUCUUCAACAUGCUGCAGGGGAUGUUCAUCUUCAUCUUCCACUGCCUCCUCCAGAAAAAGGUCCGCAAAGAGUACAGUAAAUGCUUCCGCCAGUCCCAGUGCUGCGGCGCGCUGCCGCCCGAAGGCCCCCACAGCGCGGCCAAGGCGGCCACGUCCCGAUCCACGGCCCGCUACUCCUCGGCCACGCAGAGCCGCAUCAGGCGCAUGUGGAACGACACUGUGAGGAAGCAGUCGGAGUCCUCCUUCAUCUCGGGAGACAUAAACAGCACCUCCACGCUCAACCAGGGAGCCGUGAGGUGUUUCCCCGCCAGAUGUUUCGUCCUCAGCCCCUUCCCCGAGUGUUGAAUUGGAGACACGCACUUUUAAAGGUCUUGCUGAAAUGUGGCUGCGUGGGUGAUAGUGGUGAGAAAUAUGGAAAUGUUCAAAAGCAGGGGUGAGCCACAUAAAUGUUUAUGUCGCACUGUGGACUUAAUAGUUACUUUGAGCUGCCACCUCCUCGCUUGACAUUUCCUCGCUGUGGAAUCACAGCGGAGUGACGUCUGGGCCUCAUGCAGCAAACCGCUGUCACGCUUCAAACGCCAGUACCUGUCCAGCACACAGCCGCCGGUGUCUGAACCAGGGCUGCAGCUUGUACAACACAACAUCGGUGCGACGGCAAUUCAGUUAUUGUUUUAAAAUGAAAUGAAAUCUGUUCUCACUGCACACAUUUAAACAUCCUUUUCUGAAAAUGAUUUAUUAUCAAACUCUGAUUAUAUUCUUUUAGGUUUUAGGUUUUUCACGGUUGAGAACUACGCUGUAAAUGUGUGACCCUAAAAAACAAAAACAUAAUAUUAUUUUCUCUCCCGUCCAGUAAAACCUCAUGGCGACGAUGACAUGUCAAUAUUUCAAACGCUGCCCUCAUUCUGAGCUGCGUGAAGGCGGCGUCUAGAGGAAAACCACUCACAUUGUAAUAAUUCAAAAUGUUUUUGUUGUUGCUGAAAACAUAUCAAUGCUCCUUCCGCCACUGCUGAUAUAAAAAAACUAAAAAACUAAACCAAAAAAUAAUUCUGGCACAGUGGAUAAACCCUCUAUAAAUACACAAUAUAGCAUAUAAUAAUUAUAGGUUGUCGCACCAGCCCACACAAAUAUCGUUUUUCGAACAACACGAGUUAAUUAGAGGCAGAAAGACCUCGGCCGUGUUUGCACAACAUUAUGGAUACGCACCGUUUUCCCCCGUCUUGAUGAAAAUCCCCAGUGAACUGGGCUCCGAACAACGUGUAAAUGCUGCCAGAGCACGUGUGACGCGUAUGAGCUGUGGCAUGUCAACAUGACUGCUUGUAUUUAUCCCAGCGCGGGCUGCGACUGACCAGCCAGGCCCGACUGCUGCACCAGUCACUGGGGCUAAUUAACUAUCUGGAAACUAUUUGGGCCCUGCCAAGUUUGUGUCACUUCAGGUAUGUCUCCAUGUAAAGUCUGCUGUUCUAAGUAUAGGUGGCUGCUGUGGGCCGCGCGUGUGCAGCAUAAUGACAGCAGCGGGAGGAGAACGCUGGCCCCGAAAAAAAAAGGGCCUCAGUCGCGGGAUCCCUCGAGAGCCGCGCGUUUUGCCAUUAAAAUGAUAGAUGUUCAUUUGUUUUACCGGUAUUUUUACCCAACGUUUCACCCACAGAGGCGGAACCCGAGCGCCUGAACGCUGUGAGGGUCCAACGGCGCUUCAAUCAGCGGAGGUUAAAAUUCGCAAAAAAAAAAAAAAGUGGGACGUAAAGCCCAAGCUGAGCUGCUGAUUCCAGCUUUAGCAUCACAGAGGGAACACAAGCGUUUCCCCGGUGACGGCUUUACACGAUCUGUUGAACAAAGCUGUGAAAAAGACUGUUCUUAAAGACAUUCCUUCAUUACUGUAUUUCACAAUAAAAGCAUGACUACUGUAGUUUAUAGCAGGACCGCUGCAGCCUAAAACUGGACUAUAACUAGACGUCUAGCACACAAUCUAUAAUAUGUAAGUGGUUGUGUAGAUAUUAACUGUAACUAUAUAAAGAUGGAGUCAAAAUUCAGAAAAAAGGCCCAAAACUGACUAAUAUAAUAUUAUACUCAUAAAAAAGAGAGAGUCAGUAGAAUAAAUUAAUUUUAUUUCCUAGCAACAGACUCCCAGCCAUAAAACGUGUAAUAUGUAUAUAAGCUAAGAAAAGCAGAGAAAAGAAUGAUAACACUGUGUUUCCAUCUGCAUUUACAUUUUUAGGUGUUAUGUAGGUUGCGCAGCAGUCACGGUUUGGGGUGAAAUUAAAGCAUUCCAGCCUGUUACCACUUCGCUAGCCAGCCUAUAAAUAUGAAACUCCCUGGGCUGCUUCUGUGGGCUCCGUGCUCUCUGCCGUUUCGAGGGCGAGGUGCACUCAGUGUAUUUGUCUUCAUUUGUGCAGCACAAAUCAGAGCAAUCACUGCCGCAAACACACACGCGUUCGACUGAUCUCUGGAAUCUAUACCCGCGCCCCGUCUGUAUUAGUCCGCUGCAUUAGCAUAAUCAAAUAUUACACACUUGUCAUAUUGUUGCAUUGCAUGUACCCGCGAUGUGUGGAUGUUAUCGCAUCUGUCGAGGCACUGUUAUUACAGCGCCAUUCACUGGGGGACGUCCAAGCUCCUGCUCGCUAUGUAAAAGAGGGUCCCCACGUGUUUUGGUGACUGUAACUCAGCAAAUUACCCCUUGUGAUGCUUUGCCAUAAAUAUAAUAACUGAAGAGAAAUGCAUCAAACAGUGGCUGUGCAACCUGCCUUCUUAUCUGCCUUUUCUGUAUUUAUUAUAUGAAUGCAGGACACAUUUCACCUUAGUGUUGAAUUAAUUAACUCCAAUCGCUGAGGCUCACAUUAAACAUUCAAAUGUGAAAGGCUGCCUGGUCCCAGUGUAUUCGACAUUAUACUAAAGGAUUAUAUUAAAGAAACAGCUGAAGCGA